AUGGAAGAGGGAAAGCUUGACUCGCUGCUGGGCAAUCUGCCGCCCAAGAAGAAGCGAAGGACGCACCCUUACGUCUGCGACGAGAAGGGCUACCGCCUCAAGUCAGGCACCUUCCCCGUACGCUUCCACAACGACGGCACCUACGCCGAAGUGCUUCUGGCGUCGAGCAAAACCACGCAGGACCGCUGGACGGUGAUCAGGGGCAACAUCGACCCGGGAGAGAUCGCAGCAGAGGCCGCCAUGCGGGAGACCAGAGAGAAGUCCGGUGUCGUGGGCCGACUGCGCGAGCCCGAGCGCCCGCUCGGUGUGUGGACCAACCAGGACAAGCGCACAAAGACCUCCAUCUUUAUGCUCGACAUCACACAAGAGCUCGACAAAUGGGAGGAAGAAGACAGGCUCAGGAAGUGGUUCUCGCUCGAGGAAGCCGAGGAAGCGCUGAGGGGCAAGGCCGUGCACGCCAAGAUGUUCGAGAAUCUCAAGGAUCGGCUAGCGGUGCUCAUGCAGGAGCAGAAGGAGGCCGCCGAAAGGAGAAAGGCCGCGGCGCCCCCUGAGGAGGAGCCCCGAGCCGAGCCCGAGGAGACCACCUACUCGGUGAUGCACACGAACGGCAUCGACAGCAGAGCGGCGCCUCUGCCUCCUCUCCCCACCCAUCACCACAUCACCCCCUCACCACUGCCCGCGCACGCACCACUCUCCACUCACCCCCACCAACAGCACCUCCCGCAUCCUCAGCACCAGCCUCAGCUCGCCCACCACCAACACGCCCAGCACCAGCAACACCAGCAGCAUCCGCAGCUCCAGUCAAUCCAGCAGCACCAGCAGCAUCAGCACCAGCCCCUCCAGCACCUUCACCAGCAUCAGCACCAGCACCCCAUGCACCAGCACACCCAGCACUCCAUGCACCACCUGCCCCCGGGCUCGCUGGUCAAUCUCCCCGACAUGGGCCACGUCUCCGAGCUGGAGGCUGAGCCCCUGCAGCUCGCGCACGUGGCCACGGGCGGUCAUGUCCCCUCGCAGCACCAGCCACACGCGCCGCAGCACCAGGCCCAGCAUCCGUCCCAGCAGCACCAGCCGCACCCUUCGCCAUACGGCGCCGUUGCGCCGCACCUCAACCUCAACGUGGGCACCAAGAGGAAGCUCGACGACCUCUCCAAGGACACGUCCAUCGAGGGCAUCCCUCCGCCCCCGCCCCUCCAGCAUGCCCCCAGCCAGCAGUGA